AUGCUCUGUACCGCUCCGGAAAACUCCUUCUCUCCGGCGACGGUUCCACCACAAGCUGGCCGUCCUCCGGAUCCAGGCCCAUCCUUGCCUCUUCCACAGCAACUUGCGACUCCUGAUCCGGCAAGCUUCCCUCCGCUCAACUUCAAGAUGGCUCUUGCCGGUCCAACACAGACCGCUCCGCCCAAGCUUAAUCAAUGGACCUUCGUUGGAGAACAUGACCUGGAACCCGGACUUUUUGGUGGCGAGCCGGAGCUCAAGGUCUCUGACAAGUUUAAGGAUCGUCUUUGUUCAGCAUGGAAGAAAACUCUCGUAGUCAGACUGCUUGGGCGUUCGAUCUCCUAUGCAUACCUGUGUUCCCAACUCCGGUGGAAAUGGCGGCCAACCGGAAGACUGGAUAUUUUGGAUCUGAACGAUAGAACUUUUCUGGUCACGUUUCAUAAUGAUCAAGAUUUCCUUCACGCGCUCACCGGGGGACCAUGGACAAUUCUGGAUCACUACCUUGUCGUCCACCAAUGGUCGCCGUCGUUCAGAACUGCUGAUAAACCCCACAAAUCGGUUGUAGCAUGGAUCCAGCUGCCGGAGCUUCCGGUCCAUUUUUAUCACCGGGAGGUCCUAUUUGCGUUGGGGAAUCUUAUUGGCAGAACGGUAAAGCUCGAUUAUCACACGGAGAAUAUGGAACGUGGGAAGUUUGCUCGGAUAGCGGUGGAAUUAGACAUGACGAAGCCGCUGGCGACUCGGAUCCGGCUGGACGGGUUCUGGCAGACGGUCCUUUACGAGAACCUACCGGAGAUUUGCUUUGAAUGUGGCAGGAUAGGCCACACCGAGGAGAUCUGCCCCAAAAAAGUGUGCAAUGUUGCUAACAGUUCUUCUACUUCAGCAACCACCGUCCUCCCCAUCGAAGGAUCGUCGCCACCGUCGGAGUCACCGGCCGGUUACGGGCCGUGGAUGCAAGUGACGAGGAAGAGUAAAAGACAGAAUAGGAAAGCAGCGCAAUUUGGGGCCAGUAACCAGGGCGGAGACUCAGGGCGCGGGGGAAUAUCUGGGAAAGCCAAUCCUAAAGCAAACCAACAGGGAAAGGGCGAGCUGAUCAGACCCAGCUUGGGAAAGGACGCGAAAGGAAAGGCAGUUUCUAAGGCAGAAGACAAGAAAGGAAACUCCUCGGCUCCGAAAGGGAAAGUAGGGGGGAACGACAACGUCUCUUUGUCAGAGAUUAAUGGAUCGACUACUCAGGAAUGGAGGCCCGUUGGGUUGAAGGAAAGUGAUAAAAAGCCCCAAGCCCAAGGAGACUCUCACAGGUCAGGAAAGCUAACUGGGCCAAGCCCACCAGACCAACCGACGGACCAAAACGGGGUUGAAGGAAUCUCGAGCCCAGUCCCUGGUGCAUGUACAUCUAUUCUGAUGAUCCCAUCUCCACCUCAUCCAACAACGAAAGAAAAUUCGGACCCCAAUCGGCCGACACCGUCGAUACGCCACCGCUCCCAGAAACCCAAAUCGCAGCAAACCUCGGCGCGGGAAAUCAAGCCGAAAAUCAUGAAAGAAGCGUCCAAAAAGCCGUUGUCUCAGAGUUCCCAGAAGGCGAGGAAGCUUCUGCAGGAUCUGUCUAAAACGCCUAAUUUCCCCAUCAACCCUCAAUCCAUCAUAGAGUUCAUGAAUACCAUGAAGAGGCCCUCCGAGGGGAACAUGCAAGCAGAUGGCGGCAUAGUAAAUGACUCGGCGAUGACGGACAACAGUGACCAGGCCAGUGUAUCCCCGCCGGACAUCGAUGUGAUUGUUGGCCAGCCGGCCACUGAAACUUAG